CAGGUGUAAGCGAGAGUUAGUGAAUACUGUCUCUGACGUGAAAGUGAACUCUUUAUAGGUUGAAAAAAAAUCAUAUAUUGAUAAUAUACUCUUCAUUGGAUGAAAAUGAAUUCAGUGAUUGAAAAUGAAAUCUCUGUUGGUUGAAAAUACUCUUCAUGGGUUGAAAAUUAAUUCAUUGAUUGAAAAUAUGUAUACUCUUCAUUGGUUGAAAUUUAACUCAUCAUCGUUUGAAGAUGAAUUGUUCAUUGACUGAAAAUGGAAAACGAGAAUACAAAUUUGACCUGAACUAUUGAGAUGAGGGAGCUCGGUCAGGGUCAGAGGCAUCCUCUGCUGGACUCCUUCAGGGAGAUGGUGUUGAGUGUGGUGGAGAGGCUGAAGCCUGGCCUCAACCACAACCACCAGACCACACUUGGCCACCACAAGCAAGGAGAACAACAACAACUGGAGCAGCAAGAUAACAUUGAUAACUCCAACACAAUGUAUUACCUCGAGCCUAGCCAGGUCUUGGCUGCUGCUCUAACCUCCGGCCACGGAUUGGUGAAGGCGGCUCUGUGGGACAAUGCAGAACUGCUCGAGGAUCUACUAAAUGGCGAUCAGUUGGCCCACCUUGACUGCCGGGAUGCUUGGGGUCGGACUCCACUACAUGCUGCAGCCACAACUGAGUCCUCCAGGUGCCUUCGCAUCCUCCUUCAAGCUGGGGCUGAUGCUAACAUGGCCUCGGGUCCCAGAGCUGAAGGACGGACUUGUCUACACAUAGCCUCGGAGCACGGAGCUGUGGAAAACAUUAGACUGCUGCUUGACCAUGGUGCUGAUCUCCUAGCCAAGGAUGCAAAUGGACUUACUGCACUUGACUUAGCUGAGCAAGGAGAACACACACAAUGCAUGACCAUCCUGAAAAAUGCUGCAGGUAUGUUAUAAGAUGUUGAUUUUUCUUUCCCUUAAGAAACCUGGGUGUUAUGCAUCUAUUGUGGGUUGCAUCCUGGCAGUAUACCUUAGAUAGGGCUGGGCUUUGAAAUGAGCUGAGGUAGGAUAACAACUCUGAGCUUGUAAAUUUUUUAUGUAUAAGAAAAUACUCUAGGAAGAGUGGAUGGUAAAAAUUUUCCGUGCUGUACUUUUUGAGAGUUCGCAUCUACAUGGGUAGGUGUCCUUACUAUAUUCUGUUUACUGUUUUUACUUUGUUGGUUUAAUGGUUAUUAAGUGGUAUUUUUUGCAUGUUCAGAUUCAAUGACAGAAAAGGCAACUAUGAAAACAAUACAGAUCAGGUUUGAUACCUAAAGAGCUAGCUAAAAAAGAUAUUAAUGCUCAAAAACCUGGAAAAUACUUUUAUCAAGUAUUAGGUUUAAGUAUAUUUGCUAACAUCAAAGAAAUUUUACUAACUAACCGAAAUUAACCUCCCAUCUAAAUCACUGAAACAAUAAAUUUACAGCCUCUCUUCACUUAAUGAUGGAGUUCCGUUUCUAAGACCAUGUCAGUAAACGAAUUCCUUGCUAAGUGAGAAACAUACUAUAAUGGUAGUCGGUUUAUAUCAACUAUCUUUGUUAUUGUCUUAAUGUCACCUUUGCACCAUUUAUAACAUUUAUGGUAUGUUUUUAAAUGUUUAUACAGUAGUGUACUGUAUAUUGUAA